CCUUAAUAUCUUGGCAAGCAAUAGCAGACAACGUAGAGAUUUUUCACGACUAACAGAAAGAAUAAACCCAACCCGUUCUCUAUCUAUCCAUCUCUAUACCGUUGAGAGUAAAAUGAUAAUGAGCGAAGUAUGUGGCCUCCGUCCACAUAGCCUCCGCUUCCUCCUCCCUUCUCCGCCAUUAUCACUCCGUCGUCGCCUAUUCGCCACGACGACAUGCUCUGCCACCAAAAGGGAGAAAGUUCUUGUAAUUUCUGGUCCCACUGGAGCUGGAAAGAGCCGGCUUGCUCUAGAGCUGGCUAAGCGGCUCAAUGGUGAAAUUAUCAGCGCCGAUUCUGUCCAGGUUUAUCGUGGUCUUGAUGUUGGAUCAGCAAAGCCUUCUCCAACUGAAAGGAAGGAAGUGCGUCACCAUCUGAUUGACGUAUCACACCCAUCUGAAGACUAUUCAGUUGGAAAAUUCUUUGAGGAUGCUAGGCAAGCCACACGUGAUAUUCUGGACAAUGGGCGUGUUCCUAUAGUUGCUGGUGGAACUGGAUUGUAUUUGCGAUGGUUCGUAUAUGGAAAGCCAGAUGUUCCAAAAGCCUCCCCAGAGAUUGCUUCUCAAGUGUACUCAGAGCUUGCGGAACUGCAGGAAAACCAGGACUGGGAUGCAGCUGUCCAGUUAGUAGUCAAUGCAGGUGAUCCAAGGGCUCAGUCCUUGCCUGCCAACGAUUGGUAUCGAUUACGACGCAGCCUUGAAAUAAUCAAGGCUACUGGAUCUCCUCCAUCUUCUUUCCAAGUUCCAUAUGAUUUUUUCAAGGAACAAUUAGGUACACGAUUAACAGAGAGCUCUCUCAAUGCAAAUUUAGCUGGUGACGUAUCUGCGAAAGUUAAACCUAAAGACUUGGACUAUGAUUUCAUUUGUUUUUUUCUCUCAAGCCCCAGACUAGAUCUUUAUAGAUCAAUUGAUUACCGUUGUGAAGAUAUGCUUUCAGGAACUGAUGGGAUUUUGUCUGAGGCCAAAUGGCUUCUUGACAUGGGUCUCCUUCCAAAUUCCAACUCUGCAACUCGGGCUAUUGGUUAUAGACAAGCAAUGGAGUACCUUUUACAGUGUAGGCAACAAGGGGGUAGGAGUUCUGCAGGAGAAUUUUAUGCUUUUCUAUCUGAAUUUCAGAAAGCAUCUAGGAACUUUGCAAAAAGGCAAAUGACAUGGUUUCGCAAUGAGCAUAUCUAUCACUGGCUCAACGCUUCUAGGCCCCUGGAAAAGGUGCUUAACUUUAUUUAUGAUGCAUACCAUGAUCAAACUGGCUCUUUGGUUGUUCCUGAAUCACUUCGAAUGAACAAAUCUAAUCAACGAGAAAACCUUCAACUAAAGACUUAUCGCACCAAAAAUAGGCAUUUUGUCAGCCGGAAUGAUUGCUCUGAUAUUCUAGACUGGAUAAGGACUCAAGGUGAAGUAAUGAGCAAUGUUGUUUGACUUUGAGUUGGCUCCAUUUGAGCAAUUUGCAAUUUGAUAUUAUGGAAGAGCUUCUCUGUUUCUUGCAAAAAUAAGAAAUCUGCAUUUUAAUGGCGUCGGAGUUCUCCAUCCAGUUUGAGUUUGGCUUGGCUUGACAAUGCUUUUGCAAGGAUAAUUGCGGAUUCCACCAGUGAGCAUUCUUUGAGCAUUAACUUUCAGAACUGCAAACUCAGUUGUUCUGAUGAAAAGGGCUGCUAGAAUGUUGUAUAAUUUAUUCUUCUUCGCUCUCUCUCUUUUUCACCCUUUUGUUUGGGUUGGUGGUUGGCAAAAUUGUACACACAGGUAAAAUUGUCAUGUGUUUCGCUUUACAUUUGAACUGUUAAACAUGUUCUGCUACAUUUAGAUUCCUGCCUUUUGUAGUAAGAUUAUCUAUGCCGUGAUGCGGGUUUCAUUAAUAGGAAUGUCUUUUAGAAUAACCA